AUGAAGCCAGCCAUGUCACGAAGCAACUCCAAAAACCCUCCUAUACAAGGCAACGCCUCCCAAAAACCCCCAUUAAAUCGUGGCUACAACUCAACCUCCAGAAUCCUUUCGCGCCAAUCCUCUAGGAACGGUAAAGCGAAAGACGUCAUUCAUGAUGGCUCUCUUUUCGGUACCUGCUUCGGGGUUGUCUUAACUGCCGCCAAUGAUCUUGUGGGAAACAGCGCGCCACCGGGUCUUAUCCUCUUCGCAUAUACCCUUCCCUCAGUUCUUGUUCGUACCUUCGUCCCAUAUAUCAAGUUUCCCAAAGUUUCGGAUCUCCUUUCGUACUUCUAUUCGCCCCAAGCGUCCGACUAUUGGAGAGCCCACACCCCCGGUGGGAUUCACACUCCUGGCACCCCAAGUUUUGGGCUCAAGAAAGGAGACAAGGUGUCCCAAGAGAUCAAUUAUGCGGCUCGCCUCUCUGUCUGCGCGGCCUCUUCAUUCCUUGGGCUGCAGAUGCUAGCGUGGGCUGAUAAUGUUGGUGUCCGAAUGCUUGGUAUUGCUUUUGCUAGUCUAAGUAGUAAUCUGGGCGAUAUGUCCUUCUACCAACUCGCAACCCGCUACCCAUCAAUGAUUUCCCGCUCUUUUGGUGGAUAUGCGGCCGGUAGCGGAGCAGCCGGCCUGGUUGGAUCAUUUAUCUAUACGCUCCUUACGAGCUCCUUUGGAGUAACACCAUCAGCAGUGUUAUCCGGUAUUGGGAUUGUUCCCAGUAUCAUGUUAAUGACUUAUUUCUUUGUUCUUCCAUCUCCCAAGGAGUGUGAUGAAGCUGCUUUGGCAAGCGGGACGGACAUUGAUGAAAUCCAGAUGGAAGAAGUCGGUGGGGCUGGCAAGGAAGAAAUGAUCAGUGACUUGAAACUGGGGGAUAAGUUGCGGCUAGUCAGGCCGAUGGUGAUUGGGUAUAUGGCGCCGCUUGCAAUCUUAAUGUUUUUGGAGAAUAUCACUACCCAGGGUAUCUUACCUACGAUAAUAUACCAUCUUCCAUUCUCCUCCGUAUUCACCCCCUCUGCCUCCCUCCUGAACACUAUUUUCACCUCUACCCGCUCUUUCUAUCCUUUCUUCUUCACCACCUAUCAGUUUGCCAUCUUCUUUGGCCGCACCUCCAUCACUCUCUUCCGCCUCCCUGGUGGUAAUUCCAGCUCAAGCUUUGCCUAUUGGAUCCUCUGCGCCAUUGAGUCGGUCAUCUUUGUCACAAUGCUAAAUCAAUCAUGGUCCAUGCUCCCUUCCUCAUUCACCGAAAAUCCCGACGGAAACGUCCUUUUCUCUCCAUUCGUCGUGAUGGCACUGAUAUUCACAAUGGGCCUAUGCGGAGGCCUCGGUAUGAGUAAUACAUACUGGCGAGUUUCAAAGAAGCCACUUCCUGAUGCGGUGUGGAAUGCGCUCGAUAAGGCUCGUUCCAAGAGGCUGCGGAAGAAGGAGAGGAGCUUCGAUACCCAGGAAGAUGGAAUCUCGACACCUCUUGACGGUGAGCAGGAUGGGUAUUUUGCGCCGAGGCCGAGAUUGAGGAAGUUAGUCUCGAUGCGGGGAAGUGCGGGAGAAAGAUUAUUGAGUGAGGAGAUGGAGGAGCCGGGAAGCGAGGCAAGUGUGAACAUAAAAAGGUCUCAGGAGGAGGAGACGGCAGUUAGAGAGUUUUUGAUCUCAACCAUUGCAUUGCCGGACACUUUUGCGAUUAUGGUGGCGAGCAUUGUGAGCAUGUGGUUGCAGCCAGAGUUGUGUAGAUGGCAGGUGCAAGGCGGGAGGGAUCUUUGUAAAGUAGGAUGA